UGACGCCAAAAACGUUCAGAAAUGGUCUCUGUCUCUGGAGAGCCUGUUCAGCGCUUAGGAGCGUAUAUGCUCGAAGGUCUCGUCGCUAGGCUAGCUUCUUCUGGUAGCUCAAUCUACAAAGCUUUGAGAUGCAAAGACCCAACAGGUCCUGAGCUUCUUACCUACAUGCACAUCUUGUACGAGGCUUGUCCUUACUUCAAGUUCGGUUACGAAUCUGCUAACGGAGCUAUAGCUGAAGCUGUGAAGAACGAGAGCUUUGUGCAUAUUAUAGAUUUUCAAAUCUCACAGGGAGGUCAGUGGGUGAGUUUGAUCCGUGCUCUCGGUGCUCGUCCUGGUGGACCUCCGAGGGUGAGGAUCACGGGGAUUGAUGAUCCUAGAUCAUCGUUUGCUAGACAAGGAGGGCUUGAGUUAGUUGGACAGAGGCUAGGGAAGCUCGCUGAGAUGUGCGGUGUGCCGUUUGAGUUCCACGGAGCUGCCUUGUGCUGCACGGAAGUUGAGAUAGAGAAGCUUGGAGUUAGAAACGGUGAGGCCUUAGCGGUUAACUUCCCUCUUGUGCUUCACCACAUGCCUGAUGAGAGUGUGACCGUGGAGAAUCACAGAGACAGGCUGCUGAGGCUUGUCAAGCGUUUGUCUCCCAACGUGGUGACUUUGGUUGAGCAAGAAGCGAACACAAACACGGCGCCGUUUCUUCCCCGGUUUGUGGAGACCAUGAACCAUUACCUGGCGGUUUUUGAGUCCAUAGAUGUGAAGCUCGCUAGGGACCACAAGGAGAGGAUCAAUGUGGAGCAGCAUUGCUUGGCUAGGGAGGUUGUGAAUCUGAUAGGUUGUGAAGGGGUUGAAAGAGAGGAGAGGCAUGAGCCUUUGGGGAAGUGGAGGUCGAGGUUUCACAUGGCGGGUUUCAAGCCUUAUCCGUUGAGCUCUUAUGCGAAUGCAACGAUCAAAGGGUUGCUUGAGAGUUACUCGGAGAAGUAUACACUUGAAGAGAGGGAUGGAGCAUUGUAUUUAGGGUGGAAGAAUCAGCCUCUUAUCACUUCUUGUGCUUGGAGGUAACUUUGCUUGAUCUGCAAGAGGAGUUUAGAUAAUGUUUACAGUUCGUUGAUUCUGUUUUGUAAAAGUAAAAGAAACUUAUGAACCGAAGAAACAUUUGUCAAAUGUUGUAAUAGUAGUAGUAGUAGUAAGGUUGGUGUUGGUGUUUAAAUAUUAUGUUUUUAUUUUCACAAGAAACCUAUGAUUUGACAAAACUUUAUAGCACUCUGUUAUGUUUUA